AUGGAGGUGCUAGCCGAUAAGGUCAAUUCAGUAGGAACGGUGAUUAGUGGAUCAGGAUCUCGAAGUGGCACUGAGGUGCCAGAACAAGCUUUACAAGAGCGAGCCCCCAUAUUCUUUAACUACCACGAGUUUGGUGAAAGGUACUACGCUGAUGUCGAUGCACGAAAUCAAUUGAGGGAACAUGAUGAAGAUCAUGGAAUCUGCAUGACGCAUUUCCCUAAUGUUUAUGUAGCUAGGGGUUCGCCUGAAUUUGAAACCACAAGAAUCGUUAGAGUACCGAGAAGAUUUGAAGUUACUUUGGAUUGCCCUUAUUUUAGUACUGCAAUGCCAGGGAUGGAACCAGGUGCAAUUACUGGCGAGCCAGUAUUUCAACCUUUUGGUAUCUUCGAUGAAGAUGGUCAACUAUUUGGUUAUUCAUCAGCCAGUCCCCUGGCGCGAGUGUUAAGUGUGGAGAAAUUUCAAGAGAUUGUCAUUACCAUCAAUAGCUACUUGCAAAAUGCAUUCUACACCUAUUCGUGGUUUAACCUGAUAGAUCUUCUACUGGAAGCACUGUCACUUGGACUUUGGCACCCUGUGUCCAAAUACCUAUGGAGACAUCCUUUAGUACACCUGGAAGAUUACGUGCAGCAAGUAAACCAAGAACAAGAAUUUAAGGAAAAGGGAGUGAAGAUAAUAUCACCAAGAAGAUCAGGAUACCUAUCUGUAUGUUUCUCUGCGUGUUAUAAUAUUGAUGAUUUUUUCAGUUUUCUUUGUACUAACAAUACCUUCAACAGCUAG